UGACAGAGAGUGUGUGUGUGUGCAUGUGACAGAGUGAGAGAGAGAGAGAGAGAGAGAGAGAGAGAGCAGGUAUCAUACGGCACCUGUCUGUUUGGAUAGUGUUGCUAGGAAGAUCCUUCAUUGGCUGGAUCUGUGAAUAUUGCUUGGUUUUUUUUUUUCAUACUCUUUCUUCUGUUGUGAAUAGGUAACAUUACCUAGUUCACAAGGUCUCCGUGUUUGGAAUAUAUUGACAUGGCGGAUUUUCCUGGGAAGGUGAACACACAGACCAGCUCCUCUCAGUCUCAGACAGGUCCCGUGCAAGUCAUGAACGUGUCUUUUGACUUGAACUUCAUUAAGAGCAUGCCAGGGGUACUUCUUCUGGUGGAGAUUAUUUUUGGCCUGUUGGUGUGGGCUCUUGUCUCCAGUGCUGCCUACUGGCUUGUGUCUGCCUAUGGCUGGGUGUUGUUUGUGAGCAUAACCCUGUGGAUCCUCAGUGUUGUGCUCUACAUCAUGCUCAUCUUGGGUAUGAGGCAGAAACUGUCCUCCAUACCCUGGCCUCUAGUGCUGCUAGUGUUUUAUGGAGUUGCAAGCGUCCUGUAUCUCACAGCCUUCCUGGCAAACGCAGUUUCAGUGAAUCUCUUCAGAGGUUUUACGUUUGAUCACAUGGCAGCAUCUGCGUUUUUUGCCAGUUUUGUGAUGGGGAUUUAUAUUUCCAGCACCGUCUUUGCUUUCAUGGAGUGGAAGGGUGAUGGAGGAAAUGCAGCUAUGGCUACUGUUCCUGUGUAGAGACACGCUGCCUCAGUGCUUGUUCUCUAACAAGGGACUCCUACUGAAUUCUUACCAUGACCAAAAGGAGAUCAUGAUGAACCUUACUGGCAUGUCUUAGCAUUUUUGUGCUAUUAUAUUGCAACAGAUUACAUCUUACAUCUUAAGUCAAGUUGAUAUAUCUUCAAUAUAGUCAAAUUUAUAUAUUUCCUAUUAUAAAUAUUAUAGUAAACCUAACAUAUUUCUAUAUAUAUAUAUUUCUAUAUAUAUGUAUCUGUCUACCAUUAGGAUAAGUAAAGCUUGAAAUGAAGCAUUUAAAUCCAGGCAAUAAUAAUAUAUUUAACUUGUAAAACUAUAAUAUAAUCUCAUAUUAAGAAAUGUUUGAUAUCUUUGCCUAUAUUCAAGAUAUUUUUCUUGCUCAUAUAUAAUUGCUGAAGUGUACAGAACCUCACUGGUUUACAAACAAACCUAUUUUGUAUGCUUGUAAAGUUAUUAAAGGAUGAGAAUUUCUCUUUAUUAUUUUUUUUUCUACACCUCAUCAAGCAUGUAUGUAUGUACUUCA